UCAGUUUUCAUUCAAUCAGAGGCUCGGAAAUAAACUCUCUAAGCCCACUUGAUUGAGGAGAUCCCUUGGUUGACAUUGUGUGUAAAGAAUGUCAGGACAACCGAAUCCUAAUUCCACAAACUCACAGCCAUCUUCUCCAACACCAGGCCAAGCUAAUAAUAAUCAAUCAUUCAGGUGGAGUCUACAAAACUUUCCUGUUCCAGUGCAGCUUCAAGUAAGAAGAAUCAUCAAUAGUUAUUUUUUUUUUUGUGGGGUUAAAAUCUUAGUACGAUGUUAACCCUUACCAGCUUUCUCCCCCUGCUGUUAUAAAAUCAAAUAAUCACUCUGAAAGCCAAUAUUGCCAAUAAGUUAAGGAACUGAGAUGUUUGUGCUAGAGAAAUCUUAUAAGAAUCUUAAAUUAGUUUUUUUUUUUUAUCUUAUCAAUAUGCUUAAAAUAAAUAUGUUAAAUGUAAUCAUUACAAAUUUCCAUUUAUUUGUACAAUAAAAGAAAAUAAUAUCUUUUCUCAUAAAUCUUGUUAUAAGUUAAUGUCCCUGGCUGUCCAUAUAUUCUGUGCCCUGCACUUUUUUAUUGAAUCUUUCUAUGCCAAUAUUUCUCCCCCCCCCCCCCCCCCCCCCAUUAAACUCAUAACAGUUCCCUACAAUGAGUUAAUUGCCAGUGUCAUCACAACUGUUGCUUCAGUUGCUGUAAAAUUUAUUUUUUAAAAACUUACCCCAUUCUACUGUUCUCAAAAUGCAUUUCUGUAAAUAAUUUUCAUUAUUCUUUCAUAUAAUAUGCUUGAUGUUUUUAAUGCGGAUUGCUGUAAGCUUUCCCACCUAUUUAUUCUAAUCACCAGACAAGUAACAUCUGGUAUUGAAACUGGCUGGCUAUAAAAAAUCAAUAACUGGUCAGGUCUCUCUCUUUUGCCCCCGCUCUCUCUCAUCAUCCCUAACACUUCAUGUUUUAAGAAAUUCUUUUUUUCCAUAAAAUAAACUGCUACAUUCUUGUAUAAACAAGCUGCCACUUUGAGAGGGUAUAUUUAAGAAAUGUAAAACAAGUUUUGUUCUUAGCUACAUAUUAAUACUUGAUGCCAUUUUUUUUUCCUUCGAAGUAUAUAUGAUUUUUAAGGAAUUUUAAGUCUUUGAAAGCUAUAUUUGGAUAGGUGCAGAUAUUUAGAUGGCUUAAUUAGAUGGUUUAACAGUAUAUUAUUAAUUAUCAAUUAACUGUAUCUAUCUAACAGCUUUUAUAUAUAUAUAUAUAUAUAUAUAUAUAUAUAUAUAUAUCAUUAAGGGAAUUUCCUUAAAGCUGUCAUCCUUAGAAAAUUCCCACAUUAUGGGAAUUUUGUAAGAAAUAUUUUCUUAGCUUUUACGUACACAAUUUGUAUGGGUUUUCUUUUAUUAUUAAGCCAGAAUCAGCAUAAGGCAUAAGUUAGCUAUUCAUAUGUUCAUCUCUGAAACCAUGGUUUAUAAGGAGUAAUUUCCUUUUGUUUUAUUAUACUAGAAUUUAUUGAAAGGUAAGCAAUUAUAAAUAGAUCUGUGUUAGUAACAAAUAGGUAAAGAUAACAUGUUGCUUAAAAUCUCUUGUCAAAGCAGGUUUUUCAGAUUUCAAAGAGGAAAAAGUAUCAAAAUACUUUAUGAGAUAAUGUGACAUUAGAGAUUUAUUAUUAUUAUAAUAAUAAUAAUAAUAAUAGGUUUAUAGGGUUUAUGGGGAAGCCAUAAAUCUUAGAUAAUUAUGAAUGAAACUUAAUAGGCGUAGAGCUGGGUUGCAUUGAUGUACAUUUACACCUUAUUGCUCUUAAGUCAGAUCAAGUCUCCGGACCUGUGGGACUGGGUGUAUGACAAACCUUACCAUUGGAUAUCAUCUCUUUUCUAGUUGCGUUUAGAAAAUGACUUAGCUGGUGGGAUAGUGAUAGCUGAACCCAUCGUUACUCAUGUACCUUGUUCAACUGAAUCUCAAGAUGAAGAUCCAGAGUUCUAUCUAGUAUCUGUUACCUGGGCAAUGAGUUAAAAAAUCUCAGAAAAGAGAUUUCAACAAAAGUUCAUGAAAUCAAUCCUGAGAUAGAUCUGAGAACAACAUUCCUUCCAAGUCUCAAUGAAGAGUCCAAUAAUCACAUGACACCAACUUGGAUGCAGCUUAGCAAAGAGCAGAAGAGUGAGCCAGAACUUGUUCCUGUAUGCUGGCAAUUAUCUACAAGAUGACGUACUUACGAGAAAAUGGUGACCUCCAGAUGCAGCAGCUGUUGACAAAUGAAGGAUAGUUCAUCCAUUAGUAGUUCCAACCCUUUUCCGGAACGACAUUACGAACUUAACCCAUGACUCACCACUUUCAGGGCAUUUUGGGUAAACAAGACUCAUCACAAAACAAUGUUGCUCUUCUUUUGGCUCAAAAUAAAGAAAGGUGUGGUUGAUUACUGCAGAUUGAAUUGGUUGGGGCGUGUGACACAUUGAUCUUUAAUGUUCAUUUGCUGCUGAGUAGAAAUCACUAUUUCACGGGAGUGUAGGACUACAUGCAUAUAAUUAUAGAGAGUAAGGAACUACUUGAGCAGCCAUAUUGUAAAGGAUGAAAAAGGAGUUAAGAAAAUGUUGUAUACAUUGUAUGAGUAACUUGACAUGUUAUUUUCUAAAGAUAAAUUGGCUUCUUAAGAACUAUGUUUAAUCAUCAUUCCAAUAUGAUGUAAUAUGUGAAUUUUAUUAUCCUGUGAAGCGCAUAUGUCAAUAUCAAUAGCUUUGGUAUCUUUUUUUCUUUAUAUGUUGGUUUUCAGUCUUUUGGUACGUAUUUUUUCAUCUAAUAAGCCUGAUUUUAAAACUGCAGAUUUAAUUUUGUUAAACCUUGUAAUGGUACCGGUAGGUAACAGUGACCGCCAUCCUCAAUUCAUUAUACGUCUUCCAUUUGCUUUUGAUCAUGCAACACCUCUAUUACUCAGUGACUAGAGCAUCAUUAGCAUUGACUCUGUGGUUAACUGGUACAAAACAUGUUAUAAUAUGAAUUUGUAUAAAAAAAAUACUUAAGAUUCAUUUUAAACUUUAAAAAAUAGUAAUCAUAAUUUACCCCUGCCUCUCCUACCCAAAAAUUUUAGAAAACAGAAUGUUAGAAAAUUUAAAAUCAAUCUCUCUCUCCCGCCCACAUUUCCCCCCAAAGUUUUCUUUGGAUUAACUCAAUAUUAAUGAAUGUAUGAUAAAAUAUUUAACUCUUGUCUAAUAAAUUUUACUUUCAAGGUUAAAUUGAAAAAAAUUGCAUCCUAUAUUUCAGCCUCGAAUCCCUAGAUCUGCUUUAUCAGUAGCCCAGGAGUUGUUGCCUAACUUUCCUUCUCACCUGGCGCAUCAACAAAAUUUUGAAGAAGGGCGCCCUCAACAGUACCAACUCUCCUUUCAACAGCAGAUUCAACAGCAACUCCAGCAACAGUUCCAGCGACAACUGCAGUUGAAUCUGGAAGGAAGGGGUGAGUCGUCACGAGCCCCGGAAAUGCCGGAUCCCCCGGAUACGAUCCUGGAUCUGGACUUGCGGGGUGGAGGUCUCGAGGCAGACGGCAACUUUGUGUCCUCUCAAAUGAACAGUGGCACGGGAAAUCAAGCAGGAAUCAGGAGCUUCAGCUCUCCUCUUCUGGAGGCUCUUUUGAGAAAUGCCAAUGUGGCAUCAAUUCAGCAAAGAGGUAACUCCAACAACAACUCGGCUCCUGGCGGGUUGAUAUCACGUUCUGCUGCCAACAACGGACAGCCACACAGCCACGGGCAUAAUCACCACCAACACCAUGCACACUCUCAUAACUUUCAAGGUGGAGAUGAAACCGACAACGGCUUACCAACUGCCGUGAACAGUAAUGCCGGGAGCAACAUCAUUAAUUUCGGAGUGAAUGGUGGGCAGGCAGGUAACGGGGCCGGGGUCCCCAACCCUGGGCUCCAGCAAGCCGCUGAACUGACAUUACUGUACAAAUGGGGGGCGGAGUCUGGCAUAUUUAUUCUGCUUUUGUUUCUACACUUCCUGUACGACCAUAGACUGGGUGAGUUAUGUUAAACAACAUGUUGCAGUUGAAGUUAUAACUUAGACUGUCCUACAUGGAAAAAAUGCUUAAGACAAGUUGUUGUAUGGUAUGGGGGAUUUUAACAGUCAGGAAAAUAAUUUUUUAAAAUAUGCAUGUGCUGGUUAAUUUGCAAUGCCAGAAAAGAUGAAUUUAUUUGAUUUCCAACCAAACCAAAUAAUCAAUGGAAAGUUUUUAUGUCUUUUUAAGAUAUGUUUAAGCUCUGGUAUUCUUAGCUUGGGAUCUGUUGACUCCUAAGGGAAGGGGGCCUCGGGAGGAGGUCCUGGGGAGGGGGUCCUGGGGGGUUGGAGUCCUGAGGGAAGGGGGGCCUGGGGAGGGGUCCUGGGGGUGGGAGUCCUGAGGGAAGGGGGGCCUGGGAAGGGGUCCUAGGGGGUGGGAGUCCUGAGGGAAGUGGGCCUGGGGAGGAGAUCCUGUGGGUAGGGGGUUCUAUCAGUAUAUUUGACAUGGUCGCAUAUCAGUUUUUCUAAAGUUAAGUCUGUUUCUAUAUAAAUUUAACUUCAAUUUAAUACAUCACUGUCAAAGAUUUCAUCGGACCAAACAAAUAUCGCGAAUUGUUUAGUAAUUGUAUUUACAUAUAUAUUAAUCAAAACAAAAUUAAUAUAAGAUUACGAUGCAGCUAAAGUUUGAAAGUGCUAUAACUUCAAAUUAUGUUAUUACUUGUUAUAUCACCCAAUCGUUUUUUUAAAUUUAAAUUUAUGUCUUUUUUUUUUUUUAAUCUUCAAAAUGCAGGCCUUUUAGUUUUUUUAUGUUUGGGUGGAACAUUUUAUUACACAAAUAUGAAGUUGGUGCACGCCAUUCAUAAAUCUGCUGUCAGGGUAAGUGUUGAUUCAGAAUGGAAAAGUACAGGCAGAUAUACACCCUGAAUUUCAACUUUGAUUUAAUUAAAUGUUAAACUUAAACUUAGAAAAUUUUAUAGAUUUUCUUUUUUUUUUUUUAAACAGAGAAAGUUUCACUCCAUUAUUAGUUUAUGUUUUAUACUUAGUAAACACUUUCAACCCAUUAUUAGUAUAUAUUAUAUAGUCAACUAAUUUAGACUUUCAACCCAUUUUUAGCAUAAAUAUAAUAUAGAUUACUAAUUUAGACUUUCACCCCAUUUUAGUAUAUAUAUUAUAUAGCCACUAAUUUAGACUUUCACCCCAUUUUUAGUAUAGGCCUAUAUAUGAUAUAGCCUACUAAGUUAGACUUUCACCCCAUUUUUAGUAUAUAUAUGAUAUAGCCUACUAAUUUAGACUUUCACCCUACUUUUAAUAUAUAUAUGAUAUAGCCUACUAAUUUAGACUUUCACUCCAUUUUUAGUAUAUACAUGAUAUAGCCUACUAAUUUAGACUUACACCCCGUAAUUUAGUUAAUGUUGUAAGCUCAAUGUACACUUUGACCCCAUCAUUUCCUCCCAGGAGCAAAACAGGUCUUGGCUUGGCCUCCUCAACUUGUUAUGGCUAUGUGGCUUUCUAAUGGUGAACAUUGCCAUACUCUUUUAUGUCUUUAGUGAUCAGCGGUUGUGGAAACUGUGAGUAGCACUUCUUGCUUAAUUUUAAAAAAAAUCUUUUAUUUAUUUUUUUUUUAAAAAUUAAAAUUAACAGUAGCAGAUAACAAUAGCAACAGAGUCAAUUUGUUUUGUAAGGUGAAUUGAAGUUAUAUUUGUUUUGUAAGUUGAAUUGAAGUUAUUUUGUUUUGUAAAGUGAAUUGAAGUUAUAUUUGUUUUGUAAUGUGAAUUGAAGUUAUAUUUGUUUUGUAAGUUGAAUUGAAGUUAUUUUGUUUUGUAAAGUGAAUUGAAGUUAUAUUUGUUUUGUAAUGUGAAUUGAAGUUGUAUUUGUUUUGUAAGUUGAAUUGAAGUUAUUUUGUUUUGUAAAGUGAAUUGAAGUUAUAUUUGUUUUGUAAUGUGAAUUGAAGUUAUAUUUGUUUUGUAAGUUGAAUUGAAGUUAUUUUGUUUUGUAAAGUGAAUUGAAGUUUUAUUUGUUUUGUAAUGUGAAUUGAAGUUAUAUUUGUUUUGUAAGGUGAAUUGGUGGUAUAUUUGUUAAUUCGCGCCCCUCCCCCCACCCCCACCACUUUUUUUUUUCCAGCCUGUUCUUCCAGAUGGCUGUGGUGCCAGACAUCUCUGUGUGGACACUCUUGUGGUGUGUGGUUAUGACAGACUACAUCAUCAAGUUUCUCACAAUCAUCGUAAAGUCCAUACUAGCCAUUUUCCAGCCCUGCAGUAAAAAUUACAGACAGAGGGUAAGAGACUGCAAAAAAGAAAAAUAAAUAAUGGUUAAGUUUAAGGGUUACAGGAUGCAAAAAGAUAUCUCAACACAAAGUCUCCUAAAACUUUUAUUACAUUCAGUGAUGUGGGUUAACUUUUUUUUUUUUAUAAAUGGGAUUCCUUACAGUUUCAUCGGUCUUAAAUAUUUUUAUCAAAUUGUUCACGCAUUUACUUCCAAGAACAUUUCUUACUUUCACCAUACAUUUGAAUAAUUGAACUAUUACAAAUUUGAAAUGUAACGGAAACUUCGCAUGGUCUGUUAGUCGACUUAGGAAAAGGGGAAAAAAAUUGUGUUUGUUUGGAAAUAAUUAUUCUUGAGGGUUAGGCUUACAUGUGAGCAGCUCUGAAUGAAAAAGGGGGGGGGGGGAGAAAGAAAGAGAUGGGGGAACAGGACUGUCCCUUGUGCAAACUUCAGAGGUCGCCAAAAUAGUCAUUUUCCUUGCAAAUUAUGUGCAUUAAUUUAUGCAUUUUUGGGGCGAAGAGCACGUCUCAAUUCAGGCUCUUCAGCUGGAACAGUUUCUAUGCUUGCCACAGUCUUGCAUAUGAGCACACUGUGCUUAUUACAAUUAUUUUUUGGGGUUAUGAAGACUUAAAAUCAGGUUCCACUACUGUACAUGAUAGGAUUGAAGUGCCUUUUAAAAACCUCAUGUAUUAAAAAUGUGUCGUGGAAAGAUAAGCUCCAUUGGGAGUUGAAAAAGACAAAGCAGAAGAAUAAAACCUUGUUAUAGUGCUAGUGCAUUUCCAUUUUUUUUCAAUCUUUUCAAAAAGUAUUCAGACUAUUAAAGAUUGAUUCUUAACAAGAACUGCUGCAAGACUACGGAUAUAAUAAAUAUUGCUCAUAGCUGUGCCUCUAUAUAUACCUGCUUGUUUACACAACAUCCCCCCCCCCCCCCCCCUGUUUUUUUUUUUAUGACAGCACCAGGACGAGUGUGUGGUUUGCAUUUGUUACAGAGGCUGUGUAUUUGGGUUUUAAGGUAGGAAGAGUGUGGUACGCUAUAUGUUAUUAUUUGUUUAAAGAUGUAUGUAAUGUAAGGAAUUUCACAAUGUUUUGUUUCACAAUAUUGUGAAAAUAUUUCUUUAGUUAGUUAGAGUUUAGUAACUUAGAGCAGUUACUUCAUUUGAUUUGCUGGCUGAUGUUAGUAUGUUUAAAAAAAAUUUGGGUAAAUGUUUUUAUCUUCUGCAUUUUCUUGUUAUUGUUGUCUCUGUCUCUAACAAUUGUAUUUCUCUCUUUCCUCAGAGCUGGUCAGUUUGGGGCGGUGUUCAGUUUUUGUAUAGUUCAUUCCAGAGAUUUCAAUCUAACACUGUAAGUUUUUGUGAAAUGAGAUUUGAGUUUUUUCCUGUUUUUUUUUAAAAAUCUGGUAUCGAAUCAGAUAAAUGGAAAAAAACAGCAAGAAGGUCACUCAUUUCUGAAUAUUGAAAGCUUGCAAUGCAGUGAUUACAGUGGAAUGCAGCAUUAACACACUGCACCAUAAUGCAAAUUUGUAAAUAACAAGGUCGUGGCAUGGCGCCCAAAAUUCAUUAGCACAUUUCAAAUAUUUUUUUCAAAGUAUGUGAAGAAAAGAAGUAUAUGAAUUAUUUAUGGUCUUGUACAAUAUAACCACAAAUCAGCACCAUUAUAGCGUCACUAACCACAAUGAGUAAAAAAAAAUGAGUAAAAAAAUAUAUCUGCUUUUUUCUGAAAUCAUCUUCCUACUUUAAUAAAAAUCCCAAAGUAUUGUAAAAACCACACAUUAACAUGAUCCAAUUUAAUGGACCCACCAAUGGAGGUCCCACCAAGAUAUCUUCUUGAGUUGAUUGAGUCCUCAAGUGGAGAAUCCCCCCCCCCCCCCCCCUCCCCCCCCUCUCUCAACUUGUUUCUUUUUCUAUUUCCAGUCUUUUGGCAGCAAGCCUAGUUCUAGUGACUUAGUGGACAGAGGAAACCAGUGCCCUAUAUGUCAGGAUACGGUUAAUGAACCAGUCAUGCUACCCUGCAAGGUAAGAAGACAUGAUCGUUGUGUGUGUCUACCAGAGCAUGUGGUCAUUCACACUUUUGGAUAGCAGUGAAUGAAAUGGGUCAAUGGACAGCACCCCUUUUCUUAAAUCCAUUUUUUAGGAAAUAGGAUUUGUCUAAGCUUGAAAUGAAAAGACGGGAAUGUCCCUCCGUCGCCACCAAAAAUAAUGACACCGUUAAAAAUAUCGCAUGUGACAUUCAGCAGGUUCAUUUAGUGACUUUUAAUGUAUUGUUUUUACAGGAUUCAAACACUCUGAUGGACAGUCUUUAUGUGUCACAAUACUCGGUCUAACUCUGCACAGGGAAUAAAAGAAUAUCAAGAGUAUUCAACUGUCACCCAUCAGUGGUUCUCAUAUUCAUAAUACUCAAACGUCCUUUUGGUUGUCCCUGUCUUUCCAUUUCAAGCCUAAACCCUGUCACCCAUCAGUGGUUCUCAUAUUCAUAAUACUCAAAUGUCCCUUUGGUUGUCCUGUCUUUGUCAUUUCAAGCCUACACCCUGUCACGCAUCAGUGGUUCUCAUAUUCACAAUACUCAAACGUCCCUUUGGUUGUCCUGUCUUUGUCAUUUCAAGCCUAAACCCUGUCACCCAUCAGUGGUUCUCAUAUUCACAAUACUCAAACGUCCCUUUGGUUGUCCUGUCUUUGUCAUUUCAAGCCUAAACCUAUCCUAGCUCCACUAUUUACUUUACAUGGCUUGACCACAGCGACUCAUAUAUUGUGUUCUGUUUUUUUUACACAUAUACUUGUAAAACUAGAGAUGUGGAGGUUUCCUGUCCAGAGACAUCAUAAAAUUAUUUCAGACUUUUUAUUUUUAAUCCAGCGGUCGUCCCCCCCCCAAAGUUAUAAAAUGAAACAUCACUUCAUCAUAACUUGUUUAUCGCUCUGUUACAUUUUAAUUCCUUGUUUAAUAUGCCACCAAGCUUUCCUUCCUGAGAUAUUGUUUUAUCAUAUACAUUGAAGUCCUUAGUGCUAAAAAUACUUAAGUCACAAAAUACACAUUUUGACAUAAUCAAAUUAAAAUAUUCUUUCUGUUUAUAAAAUGUGAUCAUUUUCAUAUUUUGUGUUGUUUAAUUUAGGGACUUUGGCACAUUUUAAUGUGUUCAAAUUCUUGCAGUACACUUGGCUAAACGGGAUAAGAAAAGAUCACUGUUUAGAUUGAUUUUGACAAAAAUGUGACUUAAGUCAAGUACUUUUAGCAUCAGGGUCUUCUUUUGAAGGCAUCACAAAUGACAUUUUGUAAAGGGUCGAUUACAAGAGUCCAGAAGCUAUUUUUUUUUACCCUCUCUUCCUAUUAUUAUCUAGCAGUUAAGAUUAAACUACAUAACUAUUAUUUCAUGUGUCUAUAUAUUGUUUUCUCCUCUCUCUCUUUCUUCCCCCCCACCUUCCCCACAGCACAUCUUCUGUGAACAAUGUGUGACCAUCUGGUUUGACCGUGAGAAGACCUGCCCGAUGUGCAGGGCAGAGAUCACAACAGAGUCCCCGAUGUGGAAGGACGGCAACACCAGCCCUCAUCUACAGUGGCACUGACAUGUUUUUUGUUGUUGUUGUUUUUCAUUUUCUGGUCAUGACAUCUUUUUGGGCAAGGGUUCAGUAUUUAUCUCAUUGGUACCAGUGGCGGAAUGAUAGAAAUGGCAGAUCUCCUUUACACGACACUGAUUAGUAGUUGUGUUGUAAAGCUGGCAAGUGUUUCAUUGGGAUUUAAAGUUUACUGUGUCAAUGUCUCACGCUUUGGCAACAUAUGAGAAUCUGUUGAACUCUAGGCAACAUUUAUGAAAGCCAUAUUUAAUUUUAUUGUAUCCAGAGUAGGAGUUAGGCAAAGUGCAACCGAAGCAAUAAAAUUAGCUUUGGUUGGCAACAUAUGAGAAUCUGUUGAACUCUAGGCAACAUUUAUGAAAGCCAUAUUUAAUUUUAUUGUAUCCAGAGUAGGAGUUAGGCAAAGUGCAACCGAAGCAAUAAAAUUAGCUUUGGUUGGCAACAUAUGAGAAUCUGUUGAACUCUAGGCAACAUUUAUGAAAGCCAUAUUUAAUUUUAUUGUAUCCAGAGUAGGAGUUAGGCAAAGUGCAUCCCCAGCCAUAAGAUUAGCUUCUGCCCUGUUUUGUAUUUAAAAAAAAAUAUUUUUUUUUUAAAAUAUAAAUAGUUGGAGCCUCUUUCAGGCUUGAUGUGUUUCUUUUCAAUUUUAUGUAGCCAGGGUAAAUAUUGAACUUAUUCCCUAUGCACAGUGAAUGUGAACAUGGUUUAAGGGUUAACUCCAUUGUUAUGGCAGUGUGUACUGUGUACAGUUAAAUGGUGGUCUGACUAUAAUGGACUUGUGCCGAGCGCAUGAUUUAGAAAUAUGAUCCGUGUGUAUACGGUGCCCAUUGUGUACUAGAGACUGUGUCAUCAACUUGUAUUUCAAUAUUAUACUAAUUCAUGGCAAAUAGAAUAAAAGUUGCCUUAUUUACUAGUUUUCUAGCACAUGAAAAAGGAUUGGCUAUUUAAUGGAAUUGAACAACAAAAUAAUCCACAAUCCAUUACGUAAUAGAAUGAGGAUCCUAAUUAAAUUCCGAACAAUAGUUAAUUAUUUUUUUAACAGACAAGUAUUUCAAGUUUUUAAAAAACAAAUAUUUUAUAAAAAUGAUUAAGAGUAUUUUUGCCAGAGGACAGCCUUGUGUUAUAAUGGUUUAUCUGAUUUCCCAAUGUUAAAAAUUUUGCCAACUUGAAGCACAGUUUACAUAAAUGUCCUCACAUGUAAAUAAGCUUGCGAGCAAUAAAACUGUGGAAAUCAUUCAGAAAAAAUGAAAUUGAGCACCGGUCCUAUGAAAUAUUAUAUUUUUUAAGGCUGUCAUCUCAUACAUUAUUUUCCAGGAUGUGUAAUAUAAGCUCAAGGAUAUUUUUGUAAAGUUUGAUAACAGUAGUAACUGUAUUAUUAUAGUUGUGAGAAAAGUCUGAAAUGGGUUUUAUUAUUAUAUUUUAAUUUUUUUUUACUUCUAGUGAAAAAUCCCCUCUGCAGACAAACAAGGGGCCAUGAUUAUAUGAAGAUAUUAAUGGUUAGGAAUAGGAUGAGGAAAUCAUCUCUGGAAUGAGAAAGACAUACCAUGUGAUUGAUGAAAUUCAUUUUUUUGUGAUAUCUUUGAGUAGAGUUAGGCCUAUCCUUGAUUUGUUCAAGUUCAAGAAAGGCUGCCAAUCACUGUACAUGCCGGCAUGACCUUGUGUUAUACAUGCUAGGCCUGUCCUUUGUAUAUGCUACGCCUGUCCUUUCAUUUUAAAUGAAUCAAUAUUUUUUUUAUAUUAUAGUAGUAACUAUUAUGAUUAAGUCUAGAAUUUAUUAUUUUAAUUUUAUUACUCCAUUUUGUCUGAUCUAUGAAUAAUAUAUAUAUUUUUUAAAAAUUGAUUUUUUUGUUUUAUUAGCUUUUAAAAAUUAUUAUCUAAUAUUUUUAAAUUGAAUUUUGCUAAACAAAAUCAAAUUUCACAUGGUUCAGAAAUCAAAAAUGCCUACUAGAAGCCUAAUUAGAAGUCAAACCAAAAAAAAUAAAAAUAUGUGUCUGGAGGAAGGGAAAGGGGUGAGGUGCUGUAGUAAUACAGCCAAAAAACAACACACUUUUCAAAUGAAAAAAUCCCAUGACUAUCAUUAAACUUGUUGUAGUUGGAGUAAAGUUAUCCAAAGAUGCUUGCUGCUAACCAAUUAAGCGAUGGAUGGAUCGAUCCCUGAAUAACCUCCCUUAGCGACUGCCAAGAGUAAAUUUAUCCAUAGAAGCUUGCUGCAACCCAAUGAAGUGAUUGGUGGAUCGAUCUCUGGGUAACUUCCCUUAGUGAUCUCUUGGUAACUUCCCUUAGCGUCUCUCACAGUAUAAGAACAACCAAAUGGUAAAAAAUAGCUUGAAGUCUCUAAUAGAAAUUGUUGAAUUCAGGGACUGUUCAUCAUUUUUUUUUUUUUUU